GGGGCCGUCACAUGGCCUUAACCACAGGCUUGCUUCCUCCUUCUGCACAGUGCCGGAGAGCCAGACCCAGGCAGCCCGGGCCCGCUUCCCUCUGCCUCCGGCUGGGAUGUCUCCACAGCAGUGAGGCCGUUGGUGUGCAGCCUUUCCUGGCCGGUCUCCCCCUCCGCAGCCUGCUGAAGCCGGGGUCAUGUCCAUGACCACUUUUUUCUUCCUGCUGACCCUACGGCUUCAUGGGUCCGGGCAGCCCAUUGGGGCGGAAGCGUGGGAGGCCAGAGAACCCUUGGCCGACAGAAUCAAGAGGGACUUAGUUGAGGAUGACGACGACUACGAACCUUACAACACGCCCGCAUCGGAGCUGAUGGAAAAUGACACUUUGCCCGUGUCGUCCCCGGGUAUGGUGGGAGCAGGGAUGCCGGGGGCAGCCACGGACCGGCCCGGGAGUGAACCCGUGGGACUUGGGGCCACAGCGGGGAUGACUCUGGGAGCCACGGCGGAGAUGACUCCGGGAGCCACGGAGGGGAUGACUCCGGGAGCCACGGAGGGGAUGACUCCGGGAGCCACGUUGGGGAUGACUCCGGGAGCCACGGAGGGGAUGACUCCGGGAGCCACGGAAGGGGGAACCACCGGUUCUGCUCUGGUAGAGGAGUUGACUUCGGGCCUCGUCUCCACCCGGGAUCUCUCCACCCACAGGGCGGUCACCUCUGCGCCCGAAACCGUGGGCCCCACCACGGAGGAGGCGACUUCCCCCGUCCCGAGCGCAGGGGAGCCGGACGCUUACAACUCCACCGGAGGGGCAGCGGCCACGGAGUCAGCGGGUAUCUCCGGCGUAGGGAGCGUGGCCACGACCACCUCGGCUCCGGGCACGGACACGCCGAGCGCUGCGGGCACCACCGAGGGGCGGCUGCUCACAGACUCUGCCUCCACCAUCCUCCGGGCAGAGCUCCAGCCUAACGGCAGCAGCCCGGCCUGGGCCCUGAACGCCUCCGACCUUUCCACCCCCAGCCUCCCCGCCACCUCCCCGCCCGGGGCACGCUUGGCCCCUCCGGCUGUCACCGGGAGGAUGGGCCCCUCCCCCAGCUCCGCCCCGGUGGCCGAGGUCACGACGGCCCAGCUGUUCCUGUCCGGCCACAUCCCGGUGCGGCAGUGCCUGCUGGCCGUGCUCAUCCUGGCCCUCGUGGCCACCAUCUUCCUGGUCUGCACCGUGGUCCUGGCCAUCCGCCUCUCCAAGAAGGGCCACACGUACCCCGUGCGGGAUUACUCCCCCACCGAGAUGGUCUGCAUCUCCUCCCUGAUGGCCGACGGGGAGCCCGCGGCCAACGGUGGCCCCGUCGGUGCCAAGAGCGAGCUCCUGAAGCCCGGCCCGGACGCCGGGGAGGACGGCGACGAGCUGACCCUUCACAGCUUCCUCCCGUGACCCCGCCGGCCCACCCCGCCUCCGGGCAGCCUCCGGCCGUGCCCUGGGAGGGACCGGACCCGGACGGACGCACGUGGGAAUGCCGAGGCCCUGACCCCAGGGAGGCCGAGAGGCCGCUCAGGGAGAGUCCCUUGAAGCCUGAAAAGAUGGAGGCCCAGGGCCCGAGUCAGAUUCUGGCUGGAUACUUCAACGAGUCUUCUCCGGCUGAGCCUUCGUUUACUCUUCGGUAAAAAGAGAGGAAUCAGAUUAGAAAACCUCGCAGGUUACUUCCUCCUCUCCAACUAUGAUCGCAAGCCUGGGAAAACCGACCGGGGUGGGGCGGGGGAGGGGGCGCUUUGGGCUGCCAGCUGCUGAUUGCAUCCCUCCGUAACUUCGUAAUUGUUCUGGGGGAGUUGCUGGACUGGAAAAACUCCUGACUUUGCAGCGGGCCUAGAAAUGAGUGAGUCCGAAUUGUGCUGUCUCGGUUCUCAUCAUAGACACUUGUGACUUUGCAGAACCUUCCAAACCUUCUCUCCUCUGACAACAUCUUCAGGAAGCUGGAUCAUCUCUGGGCUGCAGAGAUGGAGUAGACUCGGGUUGCACAGGUUUACCCUGGGACACACGUGCUUGUGCACAUCCACACUCACACUUACCUCUAGCUGCCUUUAAACAAGACGGGCCUUCCCUAGACUGGCAUUGACUCUCCCCCAAGCCUGGGAUGCUCUCGCUCCUCAUUCCCACCUCUUCUCUUCCUUUAAGGGCCAUCUAAAACCCCACCUUCCACCAGAAGCCAUUCCCAACUUCCCUUAAUCUUAGUGCCUUUCCUCCUGGGUAUGUGCAGUUUGUCCUGUCUAUCUAUAUAUUUUUUGUACAUACUGUUGUUUCCUUGAUUAGACUAUGAACAGGUACUGGUUUUUGCCUUUCUCUGUAUCCCUACCACUUAGCACAGUGCCUGCCACAUAGUAGGUGCUUAAAUAAUAAAUGUUAGCUGACUGACAAAUACACAGUAAGAACAAAGCCUGUUAUUCCAAGGUUGAAUCUCAGGGCUCUCUCUUUCCGACUCCCUGCUAUUAUUCUUUGCUCAUAACCCAGGAGGAAUCUCCCAAAUCCACUGGGAUUCAUGAGUCUCUGAAGAGGCUAAAAAUGUAAGAACUUGAGUUUGUAUCUCAUUCCUGCCACUUAGGACCUGUGUGACCUUAGUCAAGUCAUUAAUGGCUCUAGCCUUCCCCCUUUCUGAUCUGUAAAAUGAAGGGGAUGAGCUCCAUAGCCUCUGCAGUGUCUUCCAGCCCUUUGUCCCUGAGCCAUGACACUUCUCAAUGUUCAGUCAAGAUGGCAACUUUAUUGACUGGAGACCUUGGUUGAGGGGUUGGGAGGGGGAGGUUGCAGAAGUCCUGGCCUCAGGACUAGGGGAAGGGUCCGUAGGCUUCCCCAGACUUCCAAAGGAUCCCUGACACAAACUCUUAGGCUCCCAAUUCCUGCCUACUCUUCCAUGCUAUACUCCAGCCGAAUUGCCCCACCAACUGUUCCCCAAAUUUGAUGCUCAAGACAAGCCUUGCCUCGUACCUGGAGUGCCCUCCUCCCUCAUCUCCACUUCUCAGAAAUGUCCCUGCCUUCAGGCUCAACUUGGGUACCAACUCCUCCAAGAAGCCUUUCCAAUCCCCCUGUUGGUGUUCCCUCUCCCCCAGUUCUCUCUUGCUCUAGAUUAAUGGAGCCACAUAGAUUUCCUUAUGUACAUAUGAUUUUCCCCUCAGUAGAAUGUAAGCUCCUUGAGGGCAGGGAUAGUUUCACUUACUUGUCUUUGUAGCGCUGCUACCUUGCACAUAGUACGUGCUUAUUGUAUGUUGAAUUGAAUUGACGGCAAUAAAAAUGUUCAUUCUUCUUCCUUCA